GUUGCCACUUUCGUUACUCAGGACAGCGCAAAAUCAUCCUAUGUUGGUUGAAUUGAAAAAUGGCGAAACCUACAACGGACAUUUAGUUAGUUGUGAUAAUUGGAUGAACAUCAACCUUAGAGAAGUAAUUUGUACAUCACGGGAUGGUGACAAAUUUUGGAAGAUGCCUGAGUGCUACAUCAGAGGUAGUACUAUAAAAUAUUUGCGUAUUCCGGACGAAGUUAUCGACAUGGUCAAAGAAGAUGUUCAAAUGAAAUCUCGUGGACGAGGUGAAAUGAAAGGAAGAGGUGGUCAAAGCCAGCGCGGUGGACGUGGAGGAGGUCGUGGUGGCGGUACUUUUGGCAACCGUGGAAGCAGAGGACCGGCGCCUUUAGGUCGUGGUAGCGGUGGUAAUCAAGGCGGCAACAAGCUCCUCAACAAAAAUAGAAACAAAUAA